GCGUCCGGCGCGCUCACUUCCGCGUCCCGCCGCCCUCCGGUCCGCGCGCGCCCAGCCACCGCCGCCAUCGGACAAUAGGCCGCCCGCCCGGCUGCCGUGAACUUCCUGCCGGGGCCCGGCCGGCCCGUGUGCCCCGGACCCUGAUCCCUCUCCGCGCCGGCCAGGAUCGCAGCUCCGCGCCACCAGGGGAAGCAGCGGAGGACCGAGCGCCCGGGACGUUCCAGCGCCUCCCGCCGCCGCGCCUUUGCUCCGGCCCGGCGUCCGCGGCCUCUGCGCUCUUCGCUCUGAGCGACUUAACCCCGUCCAGCGGCUGCUGCCUUGUUGUGGGUUUCCGAGUUUGGUUGCUUAAGGAGGAUGUGAUUCCCCCCCCCCCCCCACUUAUUUCUUUUUCCUUUUAUGAUUUGAAACAGAGGAAAGAACUCACAGCCAGCUCGGACAGCGAAGUGCCACUAGCUGCCCCCACGUGGACGCCUCCGAGAGGAAAGGGAAUUGGAAGCAAACUUGGUCCAAGUGACUUUGAGGCCUCACCCUCGGCUGGACUCUAAGGCCUGGGGUCAUGACUCUCAUGCUGGGCAGGUGGAAGGCUUUACCUGUCCUGGGCUGGACGUGAGUCUCUGCCCUUCGCCAGCACCUCCACCGGCCCACCUCCACACACUCAAUACCCAGCAUCUAGGCUUGGCCCGGACACUUGUCAGCAACAUGGAUAAGUAUGACGACCUGGGCCUGGAGGCCAGUAAAUUCAUCGAGGACCUGAACAUGUAUGAGGCCUCCAAAGAUGGACUCUUCCGAGUGGACAAGGGUGCAAGCAACAACCCGGAGUUUGAGGAAACACGCAGGGUGUUUGCCACCAAGUUGGCCAAAAUCCACCUGCACCAGCCGCACCAGCUCCUGCAGGAGGAGACCCUGCCCAGGGGGAGCCGAGGUCCCGUGAACGGUGGGGGUCGCCUGGGCCCACAGGCCCACCGGGAAGCUGAUGGGGGCAGCAAGGUGACGGGGGAUGGUGCUGCGAAGCCUCCUCUCGCUGCCUCCACAGUGGCCCCUGGGACAGCCACAACCAUCGCGGCUGGGCAGCCCUUGUCCCCACCCCAGGAACAGAGGGCCAAGCUGUGUGUCCGUGGCGCGAGGCAAGGCAGCCAGGACUGUGGAUCCAAGGAGAGCGUGGCGAGUUCUGAGAUGUCUGCUUUCCAUCGGCCGGGCCCCUGUGAGGAUCCUUCCUGCCUCACCCACGGAGACUAUUAUGACAACCUGUUUUUGGCAAGCCCCAACUGGGGUGAUGAACCAGCAGUGUCCCCCAGCAUCAGGCUGGGUGUAGGAAGUGGGUGGUCUGGCAUGCCAGGGAGUGGCCCGCCACUGUCCACACCCUCCAGGGUCCAUCACCUAUACCAGCAGCAGCUUUCCCUGAGCUCCAGCAGGUCAUUGCAGAACAGCCAGGAUGGUGAUGUUGGUGGCCACAGCAGUGAGAAGCCAGCAGCUCUUUGGACCACCGCCUCCUCCCAGAGAGUGAGCCCUGGCCUCCCUUCCCCAGGCCCAGAGAACGGGGCCCUACCGAGACCUGCUCAGCCCAGGACCCCUUCUUUCUCAGCGCCCCUGGCCCUGAACCGCUCCAGUCAGGGACCUCUUCCAAGAACAAACUUGGGGGUAGGGAGUGAGGUUUCAGGCAUGAUGCCCAAACCCACUGUGGACCCUCAACCCUGGUUCCAGGAUGGCCCCAAAUCUUACCUUUCUAGCUCUGCCCCUUCAUCCUCGCCAGCCAGCAUGGACAAUAUGCAGCUGGGUGCAGUGCCUGGGCCGGGUCCCAAGCCUGGCUGUACAGACCCUGGCGUUGGUCCCAAGCUCGGCCUUGUCCAUCCAGUGAUGUCCACCCUGCCCGAGUUAUCUUGUAAAGAAAGUCCCUCUGGCUGGUCCUCUGAUGGCAGCCUGGGGCCUGUGCUCCCAGAGAGCCCCGGUUCCCCCAGGGUAAGACUGCCCUGCCAGACCCUCAUCCCGGGCCCUGAGCUUGGACCCACGGCUGCCGAAUUGAAAUUAGAAGCCCUCACCCAACGUCUGGAGCGUGAGAUGGAUGCUCACCCGAAGGCCGAUUACUUUGGAGCCUGUGUGAAAUGCAGCAAGGGGGUGUUUGGGGCCGGCCAGGCCUGCCAGGCCAUGGGGAACCUCUACCACGACGCGUGCUUCACCUGUGCAGCCUGCAGCCGGAAGCUGAGAGGAAAAGCCUUUUAUUUUGUCAACGGCAAAGUGUUUUGUGAGGAAGACUUCCUGUACUCUGGUUUCCAGCAGUCUGCUGACAGGUGUUUUCUUUGUGGACAUCUGAUUAUGGACAUGAUCCUUCAGGCCCUGGGGAAGUCCUACCACCCCGGCUGCUUCCGCUGUGUCAUCUGUAAUGAGUGUUUGGACGGGGUACCCUUCACCGUGGACUCAGAGAACAAGAUCUACUGUGUCCGGGAUUACCACAAGGUGUUGGCCCCCAAGUGUGCAGCCUGUGGCCUUCCUAUCCUUCCACCUGAGGACUGCGGUCUGGAGCUCAAUGAUGAAGAUGGUCACCGCUGCUACCCCCUGGAGGACCACCUGUUCUGUCACUCCUGCCACAUCAAGAGGCUGGAGAAGGGUCACUCAUCCACAGCCCUUCACCAGCACCACUUCUAGCCAGGGCCUCCUGCAGACCUCACGGUGGGGAGGAGGAGCCAGGCUUGCACCAUGAGAAGUCCGCGGGUUAAUUCCUGUCAACCCUGGGGAGGGAUUGGGGUUGGGGGAGUGGAGGGGAGGCAGGUGCCUUUCCUUUAAACGAGGAGGGGAUCCCUGCUGGUCUGGGAUUAUGUAUUUUCCAAGUGCCUUUCACUGCUGCCACACCCUCAUCAGAUUACUCAGGAAGAAGCCCCAGCAAGCGCGUGGCAUGUGACAGGAGAUCUCAUUAGUGUGACUGAAUGAACCUUCCUGUCCCCUCUGGGAAGAGUUCACACUUCAGUGGGAAAGGUUUGCACUGAAGAGAGAUUUCAGCUGCCGAUAUGUUCAAUCCUUUCCCUCCCCUUCGGAAAAUACCUGCACCCAAACACCCCCUCCCAACCCCUCCCCCGCCCCACACACACCAUAAUUUAAGAUUUCCUUCCACUCCAGAGCUUCAGUUCUUCUGCAGAAUGGCUGCAAAUUUUAAUUGCAUCAUUGCAAGAGGGAUGCUCUGACGUGUGCUUUGUAUCUUAGGAAGAAUUCACUUGGUAAAGCAGAGCCAAGGUUUGAAAUAAGUGAGAUGGGGUUUUCUCCUUGUAGCCUGAUAGCAUUCUGUGUGCCCCUGGAAAUCCUUCACUCCUUUAAAGGCAGCUGGCAGCCUGAUGGAGGAUUGAUCCUGUUCUAGGAAAGUGUGCUUUGGGAUGAGAAGUUGGUGCAGGCGCCAGGCCUCUUUUGCCCGCCUGUUGUGCUUUUUUUCCUCUGGAGCUCUCAAGAAUCUGGGACUUCAGAGUUCCCCCUGCAAAGGCUGGUCUCGGGAUCUUUUGUGGGGAUCCUCUUAUGCCUAUUUUCGCUUCUUUAACAAUGGACUUUGGGGAAGUGUGCCCACAUACUGAGACCUGACCCCUUAUUAAUGCGGAGAGUUUUUGUGUGUAAUAUCUCAAAGCCAGCCUGGGAGAGACUGCCUGAGCAUAAGUUAUGAUAUUCAUUUCACAGGUUUCUCUCUUGCCAAUUCAGGCAUUAUGCUUGAAGAAACCAGUAUAAGGUACACUGCUUUUGUCUGUCUUUUUUUUUCUUUUUCUUUCUGUAAAAAUUGUUUUCCUCUACUUUCAGUCUCCCACACACAAAAAAUACCUCACAGAUAAGAGCUUCAGAUUAAGGAGGAAUUUGGCCAUCACACUGGACUCAGCCAGUGUGUGUUAGGAACCUCUGGCUUCACCCAGGUCAGACCAGUGGGUCAGGGCACUGUAAUCUUAACUAAAGUUCAGCUGGGAAUAGAUCUGAUUGAUACUGGGUGCUCCUGCCUUAUGCAUUUCAUCAUGCUGGCUCCCCGGGAUGGCAAGGGCUAAGGGAGGGCCACCUACUGGCAGGAUUUCAAGGCCACCUCUGCACUGAAGAGGCAAAAUGUGCCCUGCGUGUCACACUCCUGAGGCCAGAGGUCAAUACCCCUGGGUAUUUCAAUGAGAAGAAAGUGUGAGAAAAAGGUUGGCUGGCAUUUGGCUUCUCAGCCCAUGGGGAGGGACCCCGGCCCUUGUCGCAGGAGGGCAGGAGCCAUCUCACCACUCCCAGCCAGGCUGGGAGCAUGGCAGCUUGCAUCUGCUCUCUGCCGCCUCACCUCACACCCAGAGGGAGGGGAUUGGGUGGCUGGGGCCUUGGAGGGUGUCAGUGGAACCCAAAGGCACAGGGACUCACAGACUAUUCACUGGGCCCAGUUCUACUUCUGAACCAUGCUUUGACUCAUUUGGUAGCAGUUGCCUGUAAGAAGCACAGACAUGGCACCAUGGAUUGUCUUUUCCAUUUUUGUUAAAUUCAUUCUGCUGGAAUCCUUUGGCCAGAUGUCACUUCAGCCCAAGCUGCGUGAUUCUAUUGGUUCCUUUUCGUAGGCUGAGCCUCCUAAAAACCCAUGAAUGUUUUUAGGAGGGCUAAAAAUCCAGGGGGCUGGGGAGGUGAACCCUGGGGUCCCCCCUCCCUUCCCAGCACACCAUCCAGCUCAGCCUUGGCAAGGCUGGUGGGCACAUGGAGCCAGCCAGUAUGUCUCAACCUGUCUCUGCCAACCUAGGAUUAUUUCUGGCCUUGAUGACACACCUUUGCUCCACUAUCAAGUCAAGCAGAGGAAAGAAAAUUGCCUUGGAGCCACAUCAGAAGUAGCAGGGAUUGGUUUGCAAAUUGGGUAACAGUUAACCCUUGAACAGCAUGGGUUUGAACUGCAUGGGUCCAUUUAUAUGUGGAUAUUUUUCAGUAGUAAAUACUGCAGUCAGUACUACACGAGAUCUGUGGUUGGUUGAAUCCACGCUGCAGAGGGACCAUGGUUACAGACAGCCGACUAUAAGUUAUAUGAGGAUUAACCCUUAAGUUGUUCAAGGCAUAACUGUAGUUUAAAAAUCUGAUUCUUUUUUUUUUUUUUUUUUUUGUGGUAUGCGGGCCUCUCACUCUUGUGGCCUCUCCCGUUGCGGAGC